AUGGUUUGUAAGGUCGCACCGAGGGAUAGUACUCCUACGCACAGGACAGUCAACGACACUCAUGAACAAAACCAAGGCGUGGCAGACUAUGAAACGGCCUUGGACUCCGCAGGAUACGGGCGGUUCAGUCGGAGCGUGCUAGGUGCGUGCGCGUGCGCAUUCUUCACGACCGGUGUGCAGAACUGUGUGAUGUCCUACGUGCUACCGGCAGCGAGAUGUGAGCUUCAAUUAACCACCUAUCAAGCUGGGCUUGUCAACAUGGCCUUUAUGAGCGGUGGUGUAGCGAGCGCAUUUUUCUGGGGAAUCGUUGCGGACGUCUUUGGACGGCGGAAAAUCCUAAGCUUGACGCUACUGAUAGACUCAGCUAUCCUCCUGGCACAGAGUACAGUAUCCGAUUACCGUAUUCUACUUGCAGCGAGGACCAUAAACGGAUUCCUUAUUGGUGGGCCGUCGACGCUUGUAUUCACGUAUUUAUCCGACCUGGUGGGCGCGAGGAAACGGCAGCUUUAUCUGAACAUAACUGGGAUGAGCUUCGUUGCUGCUUGGCUUAUUUUACCAGCAAUCGCUUGGCUGGUAAUACCAUUUAAAAUAGAAAACCACACAACCAUGCUGCCCAUUCACUCAUGGAGGCUGUACCUGGCGCUUGGCAGCAUACCGGGAUUCUUGUCCGGUGUGUGGGUUCUAUUCCUACCAGAGAGUCCCCGGUUACUGUGCGAAACAAAUAGAAGCGAGAAGGCACUGAAAUUGUUGACGGAUAUCCAUAGGAGCAAUGUGGGAUUCGCGGGAGAAUAUAAGAUAAAGAAGCUGAUACCAGAUAAUAUUUUCAUUGCGAAGACUGUGAACGGAGAAGAGAACAGAACGAAAGCUCUGUUUGUCGGCGUGCUCAAGGAUCUGAAGAUGUUCGUGUCUAAGAGUUACGCCUGGAAAUCCACGCUGAUUCUAUUCGUUUUCUUUGCUAACAUGGCCGCUGGUUUCGGCCUUAACCUCUGGAUACCGGAGCUCCUACUUCGGAUGCAAGGGACAGAAUGCGCAUACGCCCGUUCGACUGCCGUCCCUGAGAGCGCUAGGCUGUUUAACGCAAGUAACAUAGCAUGGAAAGACCUACCAAAGGUUUACGAUUCAUGGAGACCAAACCAAGAUAUAAACAAUGGUACUUUGGUCGACUCUCUUGAUGGUAGGAGUGGGAGACCAAGGUGUGAGGAGAAUAUUGACAGCACUGUGUUCACGUCCGGGUUGAUAGUGGGCGCGUGUUGCGUGCUCGGCAACGCGGCGUGCGCGGUGCUGAGCGGGCGCGGCGGGCGGGGCGGCGCGCGGGGCGUGCAGCGCGCGGCGGCGGCGUGCGCCUGCGCGUGCGCGCUGGCGUGCGCGUGCCUCGCCGCCAGCGCCUGCGCCUGCGCCUCGUCCCGUAAGCUGGCCGUGGCGGCGGCGGCCGUGCUGAACGCGGCGUCGCUGAACGGCAACGUGCUGUUGAUUAGACUACUGCUGCACGCGUUACCCGCUAAGUUAAGCGGCCUGGGCGUUUGCUGGGGUGCAUGGUGGGGUAGAGCUGGUGGCGUGGUGUCCAACCUCGCAGUUGGAGUGCUUCUCGAUUACUCCUGCCCGGCACCGUUUGUUGCAGUGUCCGCUUUACUAACUAUUUCGAUAUUUGCAAUAAUGAUGAUAAAGAUGGAUGGAAAUAAUGAAGCUGAUGUUCCUGACAAUAAGACUGAACAAGAGAUAGAUAAGAACACUGGAUUUGAUAGAUUUAUAUCGACUCACAUGUAG